AAAGGCUCAGGGACUCAACAUGCAGCCAGAUGACUUUAUAGCUUCAUGAUCGCCGAUCGUAAGAGAAGGAGCAAAGCAGGCAGGACGAUCUGUAGAAGCAGUUUCUGUCUGCAGGUAGUUGAUUGCUUCAGUCUACAUAACCUCUUCACCAUGGAAACAAUGAAUGAGUUGAUUCCUUUCGCCAAAGAGCUACUGAGCCAGAAACCCAACAAGAAAAUGGUGAAAAUGUACGUGUUGGGCAGCGUGCUGGCGUUUUUUGGCGUGAUGAUUGGAUUGGUGGAGACCGUGUGCAGUCCAUUCACAAGGAGAGAGGACACGGACUUUGAUGAAAUCAAGCAUUUGGCACCGCUGCCAGCUCCUUCACAUCAACAAAAAAAAGAAGAGGUGCUAGUGGAGAAGACUAACCCCCAGGCAAUGAGGGGGAGAAGUGUGGCUCAUAGGGGCCAUGCAUCAUAAGGACUUCUUGUUCAAUCAUAGACUGCUGGAGUGUGGGGUUGCAUUGUGUGUCUUGAGGAUGUGACCGAAUGCCUGUGUAUAUAUGAAUGUGUAGCAACCUUGUGGAUUAAUGACUGAAUUUGCUGCUGUGCAGCAGUAUAUAUAUAUAUCUAUAUGCUGGGGAUGAGCCACAUUGUGGUUAGAAAAAAGUCUAUCCCUAACGUCAUAUUUUUUUAUUACCCAUACAAAUGUUAUCUUUUUAAAUAAAUAUUUUAUUUUACUAUA